AUGGACAAGGUUGGUUUUUAUUUUUAUCGAAGUAAUUAUAUUAAGGGCAUGCUGGAAAAUUCGGUCGGUCCGGUCACUUUUUUAUGACGCUUAUUUUUUCAAGUUUUCCGAAUUUGAAGUUUUUUGCAAAGUUUUUCGAGUUUUAUAAAUGUUUUAAUGGUUUUAAAGAACCUAUUUCUUCAAUAUAUGACGAGUUUCGUAAUCAGUUUUUCGAAAACUGUGGCCGUUGUGCUCACAAAAACUUUGUUUCUGGAUUUAUCCAUUUCCGCCAAAAAAAAAGUUUUUAAACCUCAAUGAACACCAUUUCGCACUUGACAAAUUUUGAUUUCAGGUCAAAAAGGUUGAUAUGGAAUUUAUUGAAAAAUACACAAAAUCUCCUAUUUUUAGCCGCCAAUAUUUGGUAUUUCGGAACCUAAAACCUAGCCACAAUCAAGAAUACUACAUUUUUUUGGAAAUUUGAACAAUUUGGAACUAAAAAAAACUUUGAAAUUUUCAAAAAUAACAUAUUUGAAAAAGUGACCGGAUCGACCGACUAUCCAGUCUGCCUAUAAUGUGUAUUAUUAAUAUCUUGACGUUUAGGCUCUCGACUUGCUGAAUCGUGAAGUCGGAGAAACCUAUCGAAUCAUCGAAAUUUUGGAGAAAGACUUUUCAAACAG